CAGACCGCGAGCGCCAGGCCCGCGCGUCAGACGCCGGCGCGCGGCCCCGCACAGGAAGCGUCGGCGCAGCCGUUCACCCUCUGAUGAAGGUGACGCAGGCGUCUCAGUCGUGUUACGACGUACACGAGCGAAAGGGACCAGAGGUAUCUCCCACCCACGAGGCGUCUAGGUCAUCACCUAAGAAAUCCAGCACAUCUGCCUUCACCAAUGGCAGACUAGAAGUUUCGCUUCCAGAGUCGAAAGGCGCUAUACCAAAAAGAAGAAUCAAAGACAAAGACAAAGACAGACACAAAGAAAGAGAAAAAGAGAAAGUAAAAGUGAAAUACAAACGAGAGGAGCUUGACGUCCGGUCGGUGACUGUUCCUCUCAAAGACAUCAUCUGUUACUUGUCCCUCAUAGAAGGAGGACGGCCAGAAGACAAAUUAGAGUUUAUGUUCCGUCUAUACGACACUGAUGGAAAUGGCGUACUGGACACUGAUGAAAUCGACUGUAUCGUAAACCAAAUGAUGAAUGUAGCAGAGUACCUAGGAUGGGAUGCUUCAGAGUUGAAGCCGAUCCUGAAGGACAUGAUGGUGGAGAUAGACUACGACGCCGAUGGCACGGUGUCCCUGGAGGAGUGGAAGAGGGGUGGCAUGACCACCAUCCCACUGCUAGUUCUCCUGGGCUUCGAAUCGAGCGUGAAGGAAGAUGGCCAGCAUGUCUGGAGACUGAAGCAUUUCAACAGACCUGCGUACUGCAACUUGUGCCUUAACAUGCUCGUUGGCCUCGGGAAGAAAGGCCUCUGCUGCGUAUUGUGCAAGUACACGGUGCACGAGCGCUGCGUUCAGCGAGCACCUGCGUCUUGCAUCGCAACCUACGCGAAGUCCAAGAAGAUGUCACAGACCAUGAUGCACCACUGGGUAGAAGGCAACUGCCACGGCAAGUGCGACAAGUGUCGGAAGACCGUCAAGAGCUACAACGGCAUCAAUGGCCUGCACUGCCGCUGGUGUCAUCUAACGCUACACAACAAGUGCGCGUCACAAGUGAAGCCGGAAUGCAAUCUGGGUGAGUUCCGGGUGCACGUGUUGCCGCCAACUGCCAUCUGCCCCAUUGUACUGGACAGACAACGAUCUAUCUGCAGGUCGGGCAGGCGUGAACAGCGCCCCGCCGAAGCCGCAGCCGCAGCCGUCCAGUCGGUGUCAGCCGAACCAGUACCACACCCAGCAACAAUAAUGACUGCGACGACCACCAUGACCACCACGACCACCAUGACCACCAUGACCACCACGACCACCACGACCGCAAUGGGCCACUACCAACACGCAGAAGGAGCGUACCCGCCAAUGUCCUUCCAGAUAAUGCCGCCAACGAACACGUGUCCGUUGGUGGUCUUUGUAAAUCCCAAAUCUGGAGGACGACAAGGCGAACGAAUGCUCCAUAAAUUUCAAUACCUGCUUAACCCCCGCCAGGUGUACAAUCUUGCAAAAGGUGGUCCCAUGGUGGGCUUGACCCUUUUCAAAGACUUAUCCAACGUCAGGGUCAUCUGCUGUGGAGGCGACGGAACUGUGGGAUGGGUUCUCGAAUCCAUGGAUCGCAUCCAAUACGAACAACAACCAGCAGUUGGGGUCAUACCACUUGGGACCGGAAACGACUUAGCAAGAUGCCUACGCUGGGGCGGAGGCUAUGAAGGAGAGAACAUCGGCAAAAUACUUAAGAAAAUAGAACGUGCUUCCCAGGUAAUGAUGGAUCGAUGGCAGAUCGAAGUUAUUCCAGAGUGCACGAGCGGAGACGAAUUACCGGGAGACCCAGUGCCUUACACAAUCAUCAACAACUACUUUUCUGUGGGUGUGGACGCUGCCAUAUGCGUGAAGUUCCAUCUGGAGAGAGAGAAAAAUCCAGAGAAGUUUAACAGCCGCAUGAGAAACAAGCUUUGGUAUUUUGAAUUCGCAACAUCGGAACAGUUUGCAGCGUCCUGCAAAAACCUCCAUGAAGAUAUAGACAUCACGUGUGACGGCGUCGCGCUGCAGCUGGCGGGCGGCCAGUCGCUGCAGGGCGUCGCGCUGCUCAACAUCCCGUACACCCACGGCGGCUCCAACCUGUGGGGCGACCACGGCAGCCGGCGCAUCUUCCGCCGCCGCCGGAAGCGCGCCGGGCCCGCCGACACCGGCAGUGCCAUUCAAGCCUUCAAGGCGCAGGACAUCGGCGACCGGAUGAUUGAGGUGAUCGGGCUGGAGAACUGCCUCCACAUGGGACAGGUGCGCACGGGGUUGCGAGCGUCUGGUCGCAGGCUGGCGCAGUGCUCAUCCGUCAUCAUCCGCACUCGCAAGCGCUUCCCCAUGCAAGUAGAUGGAGAACCGUGGAUGCAGCCGCCCUGCACGAUUAAAAUUACACACAAGAACCAAGUUCCAAUGUUGAUGGCUCCACAGCCGGAAAGAGGAAGAGGAAUCUUCCGUUACUUAAGGAGGUGAACCAUUUACCUCGUGGUGAAUGGUAACAGUAAAAUAUGGAUACUUGUAAAUUUUAUUGUAUUUUUGAUGUUACACAUAUCAUUUUUCAUUUAAGUAAUGUGGUAACACAAAAAGUAAUUGUUGAUACCUUCAAUUCUGCCACUUUAUCCUUUUUAUUUAAUGUUUUGAAGAUUCUUUUAAAGUGCAAUAUGUAGAUUCUUUCCUGACUAUAACUUCCCAUGUUUCUUUAAG